AGAUCAUGAUAAGGCGGAUUUUUAUUUCUUUCCACGUUGGACGUGAGACGAGGUAUUAACAAGUUUAAGUCGACAGAAAAUCGACGCAAUGGUUGCUCAAAAGAAACAGAAAAAGGCGAUGGAGAGCAUCAACUCCAGGCUUGCUCUCGUCAUGAAGUCUGGAAAAUACGUCCUGGGCUACAAGCAAACCUUAAAAUCACUUCGUCAGGGAAAGGCUAAGCUCGUUAUUAUUGCGAACAACACGCCACCCCUAAGGAAAUCUGAAAUCGAGUACUAUGCUAUGUUAGCAAAGACUGGAGUUCAUCACUACACCGGCAACAAUAUUGAGUUGGGAACUGCGUGCGGAAAAUACUUUAGAGUAUGUACUCUUUCCAUCACCGACCCUGGUAAUUCCGAUAUUAUUAAGUCGAUGCCGACAGGUGACCAAGCUUAGGUAUUUUGUACAAAUCUUUAAAUAAAAGUAUUAAACCUAA